UCCGGUGCUUGUCUUGUUGUUCCCACCUCCUUUCAGCUUGCCCUUGAGCCUCGCGUCGCCAUGGGUCAUGCGGUCUUUGCGGCAGUGCUGGGCCUCGCUCAGCUGACCCUUGCACGGGGAAGCUGCUUUCUGCAGGGCAUGUCGUACAUGGACCCAUCAGUGAGCUCUACGGUGCCAAACGGGGCCUACAUGGCCAAUGUCGAGCUGUGCCAAAGUGCCUGCGCCGCCAAUGUGGAUUGCCAUUAUUUCUCCUGGUAUGCAAAGACCGGGGGCUGCUUCUUGCUGGGCGCAAAUGCUCAUUUGAUCUCCAACGGCGGCGUGGUGAGCGGACCCAAAGUUUGUCCAACGCCGGAGGUGUCCGAGAACUCCACUGGAGCUGGGGCGGAGGUCCUCAAUCAGACGGCGGAUUACGCGAAGGCCGUGGAGAAAGUGCAAAACCUCGCUAAGGUGAUGCAGCAGACGUCGAAGGAUCCGACGGUGCAGGCCAACGCUGAAAAGGUGCUGUUGGCGGCAGCUGCGGGGCAGCUGCCGGACCGCGCGACGGUGAACUCGGUGCUGAACGCGGCCACGGAGAACUUGGAUCUUAAGGAGGCGGAAAAGCUGCAGGUGGCCAUCACUGUGGAUGACCUGAAUCUCAUUGGGAAGGACACGGUUGGGGGAGAGGAGGCUGAGUCGGGCAGCUUCGGCGCAGGCGCGCCCUGGACUGACGCUGUGGUGCAGUACUGCUUUGACCCCUACAUCGACCCGACUUCCCUGCAGAACACGAAGACUGCCAUGUCCCUGAUCCAGCGGGCUGUGCCGGGCAUCCUCUUUCGCUUGGUGAAAGCGGGUACCGGGGCGUGCCAGGAGACGCCGUCGGUCCACAUCACCUCGGACAAGCCGGGCUGCUAUGCGGACAUUGGCAUGAACACCUGGACGGGAUCCAGUCAGAUGAACCUGCAGUCCUUGUGCAGCGCUGGUGUGGCGGUGCAUGAGUUGCUGCACGUGCUGGGCAUGGCGCACGAGCAAGCCCGCCCUGACCGGGAUCAGUAUGUGACGGUGGUCUGGGAGAACAUCCGGCAGGGCAUGAAGCCGCAGUUUGACAUACAGUCGAACGCUGACACGGCGCGACCGUAUGACCCCAGCUCCAUCAUGCAUUAUGGCCAAUACGAGUUCUCGGGCACCGGGCGCCCCACUUUGGUGCUGAGCUCGAAGGGGCGAAGUCUGCUGGCCAGCGGGAUGAUCGGCCAGCGCCAGGCGAUGAGCCAAACGGACGUGGCGCAGCUGCGGGACCACUACAACUGCAAGCCGGACAGCCGGGGCAUCUACUCUGAGUGCAAACCUGUUGCUGCACAGACGGACCUGCUGCCGAUUCUGCUCGGCGUGGCAGGGGUUCUCGCAGCUGGUGGCGUUGGGCUCUACUGCUUCUUCUGCGUCUGCCGCCGCAAGGCGGUGUUUGCCGGCACGGAAUCCCGACCGAUGCUGCGCGGGCAAAGGCGUUGAGACCGAGAUGCUGACAAUUCGGGUUUGCAGCCAAUGCUUCGCUGCAGUGCCAACGGUGUUUUCUCCUUUGGGGUGAAGGAAGCAUCAUUUGUUGGCCUCUUGGGC